AUGCCUUCGUGGUUCAAACUGCUCUUGUUCGGGCUCUUCCUGUCUUCAAUCCCCACCUGGCUGCGUGUCACCACCGCAGGACGAGCUGUCCAAUCAUUCGCGAAGCAGGCGGCAGCAGAGAUACGGUUCAUCGCUUCUAGUUUCACUGCAACUACACCGGACGACAGCAUGUCAAACGAUGCUAGCACGGGCCGGACACCAGUCUACUUCCUCGGACAUGGAGGGCCCAAUAUCAAGGAGCAAGUCAUGCAUCCAGCACACCAUAUCCUGAAACGACUGGGCAAGGAGAUCACGACGAAGGUCAAGCCGAAGGCAGUCGUCGCUCUGUCUGCUCAUUGGCAAGGUUUUCAAGACACCAUUGAAGUCAACACGGCCGAAAGCAUGGGUCUGAUCUACGACUUCUACGGUUUUCCAGCCCACUAUUACGAGUGGAAAUAUCCGAAUACUGGUGAUCCAGCCCUGGCUGAGAAGAUCAUCGGUUUGCUCCGGAACGCAGGCAUCAAGGCCGAGGGAGUACGAAGAGGUCUCGAUCACGGCGUGUGGGCAUCCUAUUCAGUGGCCUUCGAUCCAGAAACCAACCCCUUGAAUGUACCAAUCGUGCAGGUUUCACUUUUCGAUGAAGAAAACCCCGAUCUGCACUACGCUCUUGGCAAGGCUCUCUCCUCGUUGCGCGACGAGGGCGUCCUCAUCAUCACAAGUGGAAUGGCCGUGCACAAUCUUCGAGAAUAUGGCCAGUGGGCGGGCAAGCAAGGUGCUGCAGACUACGCCACCACCUUCGACGAUGCGUUGAAGGAAGCCGCCGAAACGCCUCCUGAUUCCAGACAGCAGGCGAUGGCGGAUCUGUUGAAGAGAGAGGAUGCAAAGAAGGCGCAUCCAACGUUCGAGCACCUGCUACCAGUCCACGUCGCUGCUGGAGCUGCUAGUGAGGAACGAGGGAAACAGAUCUGGACGCUACCUGAGGGCUCGAUGUCUUGGGCUCAGUAUCGAUUCGGCGAGGUCGGCAAAUCUGCCACCUUCUCCACGCCAAACUCGUAUCGUGCGUACACUCUCGGUUCAAUGCCCAUUGCUUCGCGGACCAUGAUUGGUGUGUGUGGGUUAUUCUUCUUCAUCGUGGGGUAUGCGCGGGCGUAUUUGGAGGACAUCGCGCUGGCGCAGAGGUAG